AAUGAAGUGAGGGACAAACAAAACUCAGUCUUUCAAUCCCCUCUCUUCUUUCCCAUCCACUUCGAAGUCCAUCCAACAUCGACAACAUGCUUUCUGCGGCUGCUGCGGUUCGGACCUCGUGUCGCUCCGAGCGCGUCGCGGCGGCUGUCGCGCAGACCGUGCUUGCUGCGCGUGGAGUUGCUUCGAUGCCCCUUGCGACGACGCGUGCGGGCCGUGCGGUUGGACUGGCGCCGGCUUGGGUUGCGAUGGCUGGAAACGCGAGAUCGCAGACGCGUGCCGUCUCGACGUCCGCCAGCAGCAGCACUGCGCGUGUGUCUGCCGCCCACCUCGCGCAGGCAUACCGUGGCAAGCACACCACCACAGGCCUGUCGCUCUCGUCAGGAGCCGGUGGUGCAGCCGGCGGUGCGAGCACAUCGUGGCCGUCCGUCGGUCGUGCCAUCCACAGCAGCUGCGCCAGCGGUGCCUCCAGGCACAACAAAGGCCCUCUGUCUGCAGCCGGAUCUCAAGAGCCCAUCCUCAGCCAAGCAGACGUCGACGCGCUCGCGUUGCAGAUCGCGUCGCUGCCGACCGAGGAGCGUGCCGCCAAGCUUGGCGCUUUGCUGCCCACUCUCCCGCCUGCGACUGCUACCCGUCUUGCGGCGGCUGCCGGUGUCUCCGUGUCGGCCGUCGAUGCAGCGUACCGUGAUGGUCUCGCCAAGACCCAGGGGUCUGCCGUCUCCUCCGCUGUCAGCGCGGAAGAGGUGGAAUCUGACGAGGUGCUCAAGGAGGAGGACGAGAGUCCGCUGUCUGCCCGCCACCAACACACGCGCUUUGGCUACCAGGAUGAUGCGCCGAGCAAUCCUCUGGCAGCACUCAAGAAGGUGGCCGCCAGCAACAGCGCCAGCACGCGGCAGCAAGCCGCCACUCCCGACUCCAUCCGUCUGCAAUACGACGCACACAAGCGUGCCACAGACGCGCACUCUCGUGCCAAACGCGCAUGGGAAGCAGCGUCGCAGGAGGCUGCCAAGCAGCCCGACGUGUCGACCGCCGGGCUCAUUGAGCGGCUGCGUGCGCAGUCGUUCACCGUCAAGUCUAAAGGCGUCGAGGCAUUGCAUGGCGGUGGCACGCACGUCACGGCAUCGGCAUUGUUCAACAGCGGCCAUCGCCAAAUCCGACUCCACGCUCCCGCUGCUCGACAGGACGAGCUCGAAGAGUUGCUCGAAAAGUGGAUUGCGCUCACCUGGGCCACAGUCAACUCGGAGAUGACCCGCGACUUUGCCAAGACCCUUGUGGACAGGGAGGCCACCCCAGUUGCAUCCACGCCCGCAACCAGCGGCUCGCAGGACUUUGCCCUGCUGCAAAUGUCGGAUCUUAUGCCGCUGGACGCCACCUUCCUCCGCGUCGCCCAACGCGAGUUUUUGGCCAGCCACAAAGACGUUGGCUUUGAGCUCAUUCGCUUUAUGCCCGAGCCCCGCACCUCCGGCGUGACCAUGUGUGUCGCUGCUCCCGCCGUGUCAGAGUUUGAUCGUCUGUCCGCUGUCGACGCGCCAGACGCGCAAGCUGAUUCUACCGGCAAGUCCUGGCGGAUGCUUUCCUUGCUUGCUGGUCUUGAGCUCACGACUCUGGGCCCCUUGAGCGCUGGCGGCGAGCUAGUCUCCGACAUGGGUGACUUUCCCCUCCUUCCUGCAACAGAGCCGAACGCCCAAGAGCUCAGCAAGGUGCGUGAUAAUCCCAGCCCGCCGUUGGACAGACGCGUCGCGCACCGCGAUACGGCCAUUGUUGCCACCUUCCGCAGCGCCGAUCCUACUCAAGCCGAGCUGUUGAGCAUCCACGGUGUCCAGUUUGAAAACGACUCUGAUUUGGAGGAGCGUGCUCCCAAUCAAGCCCCCAAGUAUGACGAGCAAGAUGCCGACAACCAGUUUUUGGACAACCUUUCACGGCGUAAGGCUGCUGGUCACUCCAUUACCGAGAUCACACCGUCCAACUUUGCGACGACCAUGAACACUGAGCGUCAACUGGUGCAAGAUUUCCUCGAUAUGCCCCCGACUCGUAUUCGUCAGAUGGCAGAGGAUUUUGCCGCCCGAACCGCACCAUUUAGCCACAGCGAUCGUCGACCAGUGCAAUUUGUCACACGCCACUACAUCACCGUGACGAGCGAUUUGCCUCCCGGCGGCUCGCGAAAAGUCGUGUUGCAGAUUCCCCUGAGCGAGCUAGAACUACCUUCGGUUGUGGAGGAGAUUUUCGUGGCCAUGCUCGAGACCCGCAUCAUUGCUGGCAAGACUGUUCGAUUGGUCAGCGACCGCUUCCCGCUGCGCGAGCAAAACCAAGAUUAUCUGCGAGAUUUGCUGCUUGUGCUCGUUCAACGAGCGUACGAGCUUGCUCUCCAGCAGCCCAGCCUCCCUCUCACAGCCCAUGAGCAAAAGGAACGCGACCUGCACAAGUACCUCGUGUCUUCUCCGAUGGCUGGCACCGCUGCAGCAUCUCGAGUAUAAUUUUGAAUUGUAAUAAUGACAAACCCCAUUCCAAAUUGGCUC